GGAAGACUUCAGUGUUGGAAGAAAUUCUGAGGUUAAGACGUGAGACGCUCUCCUCCGCCGUCCCUCUACCACCCAAGGGAAGCUGUUUUCUCUUAUACAGUCAGCAGUUGCCUCCGUGACAUACAUCAGGAAGGAUGCGGGUCAGCGUGGUGGUGGCGGCGAUGAUGGUGGUGCUGGCGGCAUCUCCCUCAGCAGUGCCUGGGGUGGAAGGGCAACUCAGUCUGGGUCCUAGUGGAGUUUCAACGCCUCCCAUCAACAUCGUGUCUGUCUUCAGGUUCCUGAGGGAUCUUUUCAACGCUAUCUGGUAUCCUGAGACAGUGAAGGCGACCAAGGUACUCCCAGGAACUCAAGCUAAGAGCGAGGUCAACGAGGUGACCCAAGAUGACCCAGCUGACCCCAUCACCAAUAACACAGUCAUCGAGAAGUUCGACUCAGAUUGUGAAGAGGAUGAGAAUGGCGAUUGUUUGAUGCCUUCUGAACCAUAUACCCUGGAGACUCGUGAGGACCAGGAGGUUACCCGAGAUGGAGAUAUAGUAGAUCUAUUGGCGAUAACUGGAGACCUUCUGGGAGAUAAGACCGGCCCGGCAGAGUUACUGGCGGCGGGGAAGUGGCCGCUGGCUUAUGUGACCUUCAUUACCAUUACCUUUUGGCUGUUUGUGUUGAUAGCGACGCCUUAUAUCAUCACAGGGGAGACGAUUACCAGGAGGGAUGAUGAUGCUGGCUUCCUCGGCCUUGUGGAUCAGCAGGACGUGCUGCUACUGUUGUCGUGGCUGCUGGGGGAGGCGAGUAACGACAAGUCCUGCUUAGAGCGGCUGGUGUGCCUCACUCCUACCAAGUCUUCAAGAUACAUCUCCGUGUCGUCCAUGGUCUUCAACGUGGCCAAGUAUAUGCGAAGAUGGGUGCCCUACAGCCAGCGCUUCCAGGACCAACUUCACCACCUCAAUGACGUGACCCAAGACGGCUACUCCUACACUUGCGAAAAGUACUUCUGUCCUACUGUCCCUGAGUUGUAGGAUAUGUGUCCUUCAACUGCAGGAUCACCCAUAUACACGUUCUUAGAGUGGUAGGAUCCCAUACACACGUCCUUGAGUGGUAGGAUCCCCAAUACACACGUCCUUGAGUGGUAGGAUCCCCCAUACACACGUUCUUGAGUGGUAGGUUCCCAUACUUCAGUGGAAGGACCCCCACACACGUCCUUCAGUGGUAGGAAUCCCCUAUGCACACGUCCUUGAGUAGUAGGAUCCCCCAUACACAAAUAAGAUACUCAAUAUUAUAAUCGUAUUGGUCUAUACUUGAACCAUACUACAAAUCACAAUCCUACAGGUCACCCUCCUACCAUAAUCCUACAACACCAACAAGGAACAAAACCCAUCCCACAAUGACAUACACAACGUCUCUACGAUACACUGAUGAUAAAUUUAUGCCAACAAUACAACACUGUCCCUGGCAAUAAUUUUAUUGGAUUAUCUCAAGACAUAAAGAGACGCAUGUGUGUGUGAUGGAUGGGGCUCUGAACACAUUACAAAUGAAUCCGUAUAAAUUAUAUAUGUAUAUCAAACCUCUUCCGUAUAUCUGUCAGACUUGAGGUAAUGAAUCACGAGAAAUAAAUAGUUUUAGUGCGUCUAUCGUGGCGAGGCUCUGAUGGAGGGUUUUAAAAGACUAUCGUGUUUAAAGACCUAAUUUCUGGUGUUUUCCCGGGUUACUGUGUCCUGUAGACCACCUGUAGAGCACCGUCAGUGAUCUGUAGACUCUGACAAUGUACUUUAGAGCAAUUGGUUUAUAAUAGUAAUCUCUGACUCAAGAAUGAAUGUGUGUUCUGUAAGUGUUCACCAUAUAUGAUUUUGGUCUGAGUAAAAUAUCUUGUUCUUCUCGACAAGUAAAUAUCUCUGGGAAGUAUUCGUGGUCGUGUUGUGGGAACUGUUUGUGUUCCUGUGCCACGAGUUUGUGUCAAGGUAUCUAUGAAUAUAUAUGAACACACACACACACACACACACACGUUGUCGCUCACUCUCCUCCAUCGUUCACUCGAGGCCUCAGACAAUUAAUCUUAACAUCUAUAUAUUUAAAAAGAGUUAUCUAAUGUGUUCUCGUUUAUUGUUAACAUUAUUGUACAGUAUUUAUUGUAGUAUUUAUAUCCUUCUAAAUAUACUUUGCAUAAAAAUACGAAA